CUUUUAUUUCAAGUUGGCUGUAAUUUUUAAGAAAUAUUACUGCUUAUCAGUACGCCGAGCUGAAACGAAAAAGUAUGCCGCAGGUAAAGGAACGAAUUCUAAAAAUAAGUCAUUUUUAUUAGAUGCGCAUUUUGAUUCGUAUAUUCAUGAGACGCCACGCGCACGCGAAGAAGACACGAAAUGUAAAAAUAAAUGACGAACGUUGACAAGUCGAGUGAAAAAUCGAUUUUGGAAAAGGUGCUCGCAUCGCUCGAUAUCUCGCUCAUUGUUUGGAUUUUACUGAUCAUUUUUACUCUUCGCAUCAACUAAACUUAGUGUCCUUAAUAAUAUUGAUUGAUGGUAUAGAUAGAUAUUAUCACUCAAACACAAAUUAGCCGGAAUAAAGUGUACCUAUAUGAUCUGCAACGUUGGGAAUUUGGCAAUAACAGAAAAACAGUUCUUCACGCUGCAGAACAUAAUAUUUACAUGUCAAAGCGACCAUUUGUUGAAAAUAAUAAUCAAACAGGGUAUAACUUCUCACGGUGAAUAUAUUUAUUAAUACAAAAAGGAACAAGAAAUUAAUACAAGUAUGACAGCGUAGUCAGAUGUCAGUGAAGCGUUCGACUGGACAACUGCUCGCUUGCUCGAUUCGGACAGAACUAACUGCUAUCCUCCGCUGAGGGUAUUACAAUACAUCGGUGAGGCGGUCCUACGACUGAUCGCCGGAGGGACGCUGCCGAUAUCCAGGUACGCGACGACGCGCUCGAAGCGUGAGCGGACGGACCCUUUGUAGCUCCUUCUUAAUCCCUAAUUGCCGUGUUUGUCGCAAGUAUUUUUCGUAGGCAACUAAUAGACCGCGUCUCCGAGAAGCUUAUCAUUAUAAAACGAGCAGAUGCGCUGCCGAGUUCGACGACGGACUCGGUACGGCGUCUGUUCUUGGGUUUUCCUAGCUACAAUCAAACAAGAACUGAAUAAUAUUUCAAAAUAUUAAAACUAAGUUUUAACAAAAACACCAACACCAUUACAUUUCAAGCGUGCAGUAGCCGGCGCACUGAAAAACCAAAACACAUUUGUUCACUUCACACGUGCGGGAGAGACGUCCUAAAUAGACGAUGUGAUAAGUAGUCGCGAGUAUUACUUAGCAGGUUCUUUGUGUAGUUACGAGCGUAAGCAACCAAGUCUGCUACUGCAUAGGCCUUUUACGUUUGAGAUUACAAACCAAAUUUAUUACACAAAUGAAACAUAAUACAAAAUGAUAAACUUAUAAUAAAGUAUUCAUCAGAAAUCUGAUUAAAAAUCAAUGACAAAGUCUCUUGCGCGAAUGUCUGAAAUUUCACACCGCCAACUAUUGUUCCGCGGUAGAAAUGAUAGAACAGCAUCUCACGAAGCGUUACAGCUCGUCGCGUGAGUCACGCGAUUGCAGUGGCUUUAUACACUGGACAGAUGCACCCGUCCUCGCGGCCAAUCAAAGUCGCGGACCACACGGCCUCGCGAGCGCGAGAACUUCGCCGAUUCCAUACCGACCACAAGAUCGAGUCUACAUAACGGUUUUCUCCGAGUCGAGCCACGCGGCAACAGAAGCUGUAUCCUUUAAGGUACGCAGUGCAGUAUCGUAGUGUGCUUCGAAUAGUAAAAUUCAACAUAUCGAUUUUCCAGCUUCUCUUCGGUAUCUUACGGGAAUCCAGCUAAAGGCUGCGCAAUGGAGUUCAGCGCAUUCGAGUUACUAACUGCCCUGGCUCUGCUCUUCCUGGCGAUCUACUACUACUUCACCAGCACCUACGACUUCUGGAGCAGCCGCCAUGUGGAGCAUCCCAAGCCCGAAUUGUUCUUCGGCAACUUCAAGAAGAUGAUGCUCGGCAAAUCCUCUUUGGGCGACUAUCUCUACGAGCAGUACCAGUACUACAAGAACGAGCCGAUGUUCGGUCUUUACGCACGAAGGACACCGGUCCUCGUGGUCACCGAUCCCGAGUACAUCAAGGACGUUCUUAUCAAGGACUUCUCGAGCUUCAGCGAUCGAGGUAUGACCAUCCACGAGAAGGUCGAGCCCUUGAGUCAGCAUCUGUUCAGUCUGGAACCAGCCCGCUGGAGACCCCUGCGAAUCAAGCUCUCGCCCACCUUCACCUCGGGAAAGCUCAAGGAGAUGUUCUACCUGCUGGCCGAGUGUGGCAACAGCUUCGAGACCUUGAUCGACAACAUGGUGAAGAAGAACCCGGUGAUCGAGUGCCGCGAAUUGACGGCUAAGUUCACUACCGAAGUCAUCGGGAUUUGCGUCUUCGGACUCAAGGCCGAAGCGAUGGCUGACGGUGACAGCGAGUUCCGGAAAAUCGGGCGCAAAGUCUUCGAGAACUCGUGGAUGAAGUUCAUCAAAUUCAGGAUAAGAGAUGCGAUGCCGUGGUUGUUCAAUCUUCUGGGGCCGUUUUUUUACGAUCACGAGUUAAACGGCUUCUUCAUCAAUCUCAUGAAGCAGACUAUGGAGUACAGGAAGAAGAACAACGUCAGGAGGAAUGACUUCGUCGAUCUGCUCAUGGACAUCAAGGAUGAUCCUAGCAAAGUCGGGGAUAUCGAAAUGACGGAUGCAUUGAUCACGGCCCAAGCGUUUGUCUUUUUCAUCGCCGGAUUCGAAACGUCCUCCACGACGAUAAGCAACGCUCUCUACGAGUUGGCCCUAAACCCAUCGGUACAGGAAAAGCUUCGCGAAGAAAUUAUCGAGGAGCUUGCGAACGACAAUGGAAGCUUGAAAUACGAAACCAUCAAGGGCAUGAAGUACCUGCACAAAGUUUUCUGCGAAACUCUGAGGAAAUAUCCGCCAGUCACGGUGAUGAUGAGGAAAUCCAUGCAGCCCUACACGUUCUCGGGAACGAAAGUAACUAUUCCGAAAGGCAUGAGAGUAUGGAUUCCAGCGUACGCCAUUCAACGCGAUCCAGCGAUCUAUCCCGAUCCGGAUACCUUCGAUCCGGAAAGAUUCAGCGAGGAGAGCAUCAAGCAGAGACAUCCAUCCUUCUAUCUGCCUUUCGGCGAUGGACCGAGAAACUGCAUCGGUGCUCGAUUUGCCAAUUACCAGAGCAAAAUUGGCAUCAUUCAAGUAUUGAGGAAUUACAAAGUCCAAGUCUGUGAUAAGACGUGCAUUCCGUACGUAAACGAUCCGAGAGCCUUUUUGCUUGCACCGAUCGGAGGCAUCAAUUUGAAAUUCACUAGAUUAUAAAUAAAUAUACUCGACUUAAGAUAGUGACUUUUAGUUUUAGCGUAUACAUAGACGAUAGGAGUAGAUAUCAUUUUUUUUAAUAUUGAAUAGGAGUUUUGUAAAUACAAAAUUUAAAUGAGUUAAGUUUAUGAAAGAAACGUGCAAGCGACAAAAUUAUAGUAUUCCAUGAAAUCUGUGAUUAAACAAACUUUCAACUGCUUGCUUAUUUAUCUGAGAAACGUAUUUUGAAAUAUAGUUAUUGAGUUUGAAACUACGAUAUAGGUUUAUAGCGUAUUGCUACUGUAUUGAAGAAAGAUAAACAUAAGAAAUGUACAUACAUAUAAUAUUCAAGAAAAUAAAACAAAGCGAUAAUUUAUAUGACGACGAGAUAAAUCAGAUUAUUUUGAAAUUCUAAAGAGUGCACAAUCCUACUACCAAAAGGUGGGAUUUAGAAAGAAGACAUUGAUCUCUUAUAAAAAGAUGUUAACAUUUAUUAUGCAAUCUUAUUAAAAUAAAAUCUUGACCUUACAUGCACAAAUUUAUCAUUCAGUUUUAGAAUGAUACAAGGGAUUCCUUGUCAAUUUUUAAAUUCACUAUUAAUCUACUUCACAGAACAGGUUUAUAAAAUCCUUAUUUCAUUAAAUUAUAUUACAUAGGUAUUUUACAAAUAACUAAAAGUAGAUACAAAUUAUGAGUUGGGAUAUUUUCGAAAUUCCUUAUUUUCAUGGCUAAUUUCCGAUUUGUCAAUUUCAACCCUUUGCCUUGUUGCAGGACACUACAAAAUUUUAAUUGUAUUGAAAAAUUGUCUAAAUGUUACAAAGUUAGAACUACUUUUGAUUUUAAUAUGUACCUGCUCUCUGAACGAAGGCGAAGCUGAAAAUAUUUUUGUAUUACUUGAAACUUUUGUGUUAUUAUAACUAUGGCUCGUACUUGGA